CACUUCCGCUCGAGGCGGACGAGGCCGCGUCAGGACCCCUAUGGGAGUGAGCGUGGAAAGGGAGAUGUACCAUUGAGACUUCAGCCUAAAUGAAGAAAAUUCACAAGCAUCUAUAUCUUUUACAAAACCAGAUACUGAUGUCAAAUAUCAUUACAGGACAACAAAUAAGUAAACAGCCAAUCAGAAUUAUGGACUUCCCAGAAAUAGCUCUGCAUUGCCAGGCCUCGGCCCUUCCCCAGAAAGAGCAGGAGAAAAUGACCGAGUUUCAGGAGGCAGUGACCUUCGAGGACGUGGCUGUGGUCUUCAGCAAGGAGGAGCUCCGGCUGCUGGACGCCCCCCAGAGGCAGCUGUACCGAGACGUGACGCUGGAGAACUUCCGGAACCUGGUCUCUGUGGGCUAUGAACCCUUCCAAUUAGACAUGAUACUGCAGCUGGGGAGAGAAGAGAAGCUUUGGAUGACAGAGUCAGAAACCCGAGCCGGGAGUUCAGGAAACAGGAAUAAAAAUGAGAUAGAAACUCUUCAAGAAGUAGGCUUAAAGUGCCUUUUACAAGAAGACCUUCUGUGCUGGCCAAUGUGGGAACAGUUUAUAAAGAAAUUAACCAGAAAUCAAGACUUGACAAUAAAUCUGCAAGACAAGAGGUCCAAAUUGCCAGAACAAGGUGAUUGCUGUCAGGAGUGGGCAGGAAGCUAUUCUGGAGAACCUAUUCAGGUUUCUGAGGAUGAGAACUGUAUAAUAAAGCUUCCAGGGGAGAGUUCCAAUAGUGUACAAGAGUUUCCAAUGAAGACCAUCUGGGAUUUCUGGAAGAAAAUGUACCUGAGAGAGUCACAGCAUCAUCAGAGUAGUUGUCAGCAAAUUGAUGUCAAAAAUAAACUGUGUCAGUGUGAUCAUUGUAUUCUGAGAAAGACCCCUUUUCACCAUGCUGGUCAGGAAGUACACAAACGUGUGAGGGCUUGCUGCCACAAUGACUGUGGGAAAGACUUCAUGAAGAAACCAUUACAGCAUGGUCCACUCCACUCAGGAGAGCAACCUCCCAUUAAGAAUGGAAAACGGUUUGGCCUUGGCUUUGAUCUUGAACUUCAUCAGCAAUUGCACCUAAUGAAGAAGUCCCAUACACGUAGUGAGUGUGGGAAAGGCAUCAGUUACAGCUCAGAGCUUUGCAUUCAUCAGAGUGCUCACACAGGAGAGAAGUGCUGUGGGAAUGAGGAGUGUGGUGAGGACUUCAUUCUGAGCUCACAUCUGCAAACUCGUCCUAGAGUCAGCAUACGAGAGAAACCCUAUAAAGGUCAGGUGUGUGCUAAGAGCUUCAAUCAGAACCCUUCUGUCACUCAUGAGCCCACUCACCCAGGAGGGCAUAUGUGUAGGUGUGACAGGGGUGGGAAGGGUACCAGUCAUAGCUUAGGUCCUAAUACUCACUGUGUAGACAACACUGGAAAGAAAUCCUGUAAUUCUGAGGUGUGUGAUAAAGGCUUCAGUCAGACAUCACAACUUCAAGCCCACCAGAGAGCCCACCCCAGAGACAAAACAUACAAAUGGGAGGCAUGUGACAGGCUAUUUAAUCAGAUUUCUGGUCCCCAUCAGAGAGCUCAUGCUAGAGAGAAGCUGUAUAAAUGUGAGGUAUGUGGGAAGGACUUCAGUAAGGCCUCAAAUCUCCAAGCGCAUCAAAGAAUUCACACUGGAGAGAAACCAUAUAAAUGUCAUGUGUGUGAUAAGAACUUCAACCAGAAUUCCCAUCUUCAGGCCCAUCACAGAGUCCACACAGGUGAGAAGCCCUACAAAUGUGAGACAUGUGGUAAGGGCUUUAGUCAGAGUUCACAUCUUCAAGCCCAUUGGAGAGUCCAUACAGGAGAGAAACCCUACAAAUGUUUUGACUGCGGUAAGGGCUUCAGUAAGAGUUCAUGUCUUCAAGUUCAUCAGAGAGUCCAUAAAGGUGGUAAGUCCACUGCACAUGAUGAGUGUGGUAAAAGUGUUCUUCAGAAUUUAGACUUCUCAUUUUCAUCGGAAAACCUACACAGCAGAGAAUGUUUAUAAAAUGUGUUUUAAGAAUUUGGAAGUAAGCUGAGUUUUUUUUUUAUAGUCAUCUGAAUUCCACUGGAGGAAACCUAUUGUAUAGAUAUGACCAGUGUUUCCAACAGAGCUCAAAGUGUCACAUUUCUCUAAAGAAUGCAAAACAGAAACCCUAUAAGAAUGGUACAGUAUGUUUCAAUCAGAACCUUCAUGUUCAAUAGAAUCUAUAUGGGAGAGAGGUCUUAAAAAUGGUAAGUAAGGGAACAACCUAAGACAGGCACAGUCACAGGGGGCCAUCAGGUGAGAAAUUGGGGCCCAACAGAGGUGAGGCUUAGAACCUCACCCCCCUGUUUUGAGAGAAAUCU